AUGGAUACUACAUCCACAACAGCCGUUCAGGGCUCUGCAUGCAGUGGCAGUGGGCAGGAAGGCCGUGUCGUUUAUCAGGUCGGACGGGGGGAGACCUCUCUUUGGGUUAACAGCCCUGAUCAACCCAUCACGGCGAAGAUUGCGAAGCUCGGCGCGGGCAUGCAACAACCAGCUACGGCGGCCGACGCAACGUGGUUGUUUCGCCAGGGACCUUCCCCAAAUGCCAACUAUGCUCCAGUUGAAUUCUUUGGGAACCCUCCCAACGAUCCCAACUUGGCUGGUAUUGGUAGCCAGUUCUCAGAACCGUCAUCUGGUCACAGAACAUAA